AAUGAAAGAUAAGUACAAUUUGAUGAUCAGAAGGAAAAUAAAAAAAUAAUCACCCAAAAAAUUUCAAAAUAUAGAUGAUUAGUUAAGUUCACCAUUAAUAACGAAUGAGAUUCUGUUAUAGAAAUAUCCUAUAUAUUGCCCAAGUGAAAUCUCAAGUCCUGACUCUGCACGAGAAGAACCUGGUAGUAUGUUGGAAUUCUUGCUUCAUUUAGAGAAUUCUAACUACUGUCCAUUCAUCUGAA